GCAGCAACAGCAGCAGCGCGCUGAGAGUAUUUGCGUUGGUCAGAUCUGCGCGUAAUGCGCUCCAUGACGGACCUCCUCGCUCCUCAUCACCUCCUCAGAGUUUUGGGGACUAACUUCUGCGGUGGAGAAGCAUGAAAACUGGACGAGUGAGCUGAAAGGGCGUCAGAAGGGAACCAUGUGCAGCUCUCUGAGCCCAAAGCAGCGUGGCGGUCCUGGGCUGACAGACAUGCAGCAGUACCACCAGUGGCUCUCGAGUCGUCACGAAGCCAGCCUGCUGCCCAUGAAGGAGGACCUCGCCUUGUGGCUCAGUAAUAUUCUAGGUCUGGAAAUCACAGCUGAGAGCUUCAUGGAUCGGUUAGACAAUGGUUUCCUGUUGUGCCAGCUGGCUGAGACGCUGCAGGAGAAGUUCAGGCAGAGUAAUGGAGACCUGCAUGAGCCUGGCAACAGCAAGAAAACAAUCCCUAAGCGGAGGAUCCCAUGCCGGCAGAACGCUCCCUCCGGUUCUUUCUUUGCAAGAGACAACACAGCCAACUUCCUGGCCUGGUGCCGCCAAGUCGGCGUGGGUGAAACAUGUCUCUUUGAGUCUGAGGGUUUAGUUCUUCAUAAGCAGCCGAGAGAGGUGUGCCUCUGUCUAUUAGAGUUGGGCCGGAUUGCAUCACGUUACAAUGUGGAGCCUCCAGGUCUUAUAAAACUGGAGAAAGAGAUUGAACAAGAAGAAAGGGCGCCUCUACCUCCCCCAUCACCUGUAUCUCCAGUUCAGCCCAUUCCCUCGUCCCCCUCAUCAUCCCCGUCUCCGUCUCCCUCCCCAACACCAACUUCCAACCCAACUCCCACCAAAGUGGCUUCAUCUAAGAAGAGCGCGGGCAAGCUCCUGGAUGAUGCCGUGAGACAUAUCGCUGAUGAACCCCCCUGCAGGUGUGCAAAUAAAUUCUGCGUGGAGAGGCAUUCGCAAGGUCGCUAUCGCGUUGGCGAGAAGAUGCUCUUUAUACGGAUGCUGCACAACAAGCAUGUGAUGGUGCGGGUGGGCGGCGGCUGGGAGACCUUCGAGAGCUAUUUGCUGAAACACGAUCCCUGCCGCAUGCUGCAGAUUUCCAGAGUGGAGGGGAAGAUUUCCCCCAUCACCACCAAGUCCCCCAACAUCAAAGACCUCGCCCCCGACAGCUACCUGGUUGUGGCAGCUCACUACCGCAGCAAGAAGUGAUGGCCGCAGGCGCACAUGGUGCACGACUGUCUCUUUAUAUUUACCCAACA